AUGGCUAGGCCGCUAACACAGUUGUUGAAGAAGGAAUCUGAAUUUCAAAUUGGUCCGAAGCAACAGCAAGCAAUACUUGAUUUGAAGACAGCGCUUAAGCAAGAGCCCGUUUUAAAAAUUAUUAAACAGAAUGGUAAAACACAACUUCAUGUAGAUGCGCCCAAGUAUGGGUUUGGCGCGACAUUAGUACAAGAUUUGACCUCGUUACCGAUUGUGCGGCGUUUAAGCAGACAGCCGCUAAAAAAGACGUACCCAGGGAAGCAGGUGCAAGUACAAAUUCAGAAAGCACAACAAACCGAUGAGCAUCUAAAAGCGGUAGCAGCAGUUCUCGACAACAAACCAUACGCAGAUUAUGUAAUGAACAACGGAGUAUUAUAUAAGCAGUUGAAUGGCCAAGAGUUGUUGGUAGUACCGCGAAAUAUGGAAAAAGAAAUAAUACGGAAUGCUCACAAUUUCGGUCACAUGAACUCACAAAAAACGUUGCACGCAAUUCGACAAGACUUUUACAUAGCGCAUUUAGAAAAAAAAGUGAACCAGCAUAUUGCAAACUGUGUUGAGUGCAUAAUACACAAUCGUAAAGCGGGGAAGCAGGAAGAGUUCCUGCAUUGCAUAGAUAAGGGUGACUGCCCACUUGCUACUAUCCAUGUCGAUCAUUUGGGUAUCUUAGAUUCAACGUCGAAGAAUUAUAAGUACAUUUUCGCUAUAGUUGACGGUUUUUCCAAAUUUGUUUGGCUAUUUCCGACCAAAACAACAGACGCGCAGGAAGUAGUAAAACAUUUGAGUACAUGGGCCACAACAUUUGGAAAUCCGCAACGCAUUAUAAGCGAUAAAGGCGCAGCAUUCGUAUCAAAUUUAUUUAAAGAAUUUUGUAACGAAAUUAAAAUUGAACACGUUAAAAUAACCACAGGCGUUCCGAGAGGCAAUGGCCAAAUUGAGCGAGUCAAUAGAGUAAUUCUCUCGAUGUUGGCGAAGUUGUCAGCUAGUGAGCCAGCUAAGUGGUACAAUUAUACGUCGGUGGUACAAAAGGCUAUCAAUGCGCACGUUCACUCGUCAACGAAAUUUACACCAUAUGAGAUUAUGUUUGGCAUAAAAAUGAAAAGCGAGAUGUCUACCGAUAUAAUAAAUCUACUUCAAGAAGAAUUAUUGGUCGCAUUUCAAGAUGAUCGUCGUAUUCUGAGAGAAGAAGCCAGG